ACAUCUUUCUCCCACCCCACAAGGUGGAUUUCGAACCUUUUAUAAGGUGUUUAGGUCAUUUAACCGGAUCAUUACUGUUCAAACUCUGAACAGUAGAUUGUCAUUUUAUUUUACGAGUUUGGAUUUAUAGUGUAGGAUGCGUUACCUACAGGUUUCCAUCUUCCUGUUCGCCCUGUGCUCUGCCAGCCUUGCAGACAAACAGGACACCAAACAAACCAAACGCGGUCUGGUUGGCUCACUAGGCUACGGACAUGGUCUGUCAGGCUACGAUCUGGGCUAUGGAAGCUAUGGAGGAUUAGGCUAUGCUCAUGGAGCCGAGUAUGGUCUGGGGUACUCUAGUCUGGGAUACUCAGGAAUCAAGGGCUACUCAGGUCUCGGAUAUUCAGGACUUAAGGGCUACUCAGGUCUGGGAUACUCAGGUCUUGGAUACUCAGGUCUAGGAUACUCAGGUCUUGGAACCUAUGGAGCAGGUUACGGUUACGGAUACCAUCAACCCAUCACCGUGAACACCAUCAGCAAGAAAGUAGCAGUUCCCGUUCCCCACCCAGUCCCUGUCACAGUUACCAAACCAGUUCCCUACCCAGUUCCUCACCCGGUUCCCGUGGAUGUUCCACGUGCAGUCCAUGUCGAGGUACCCCAACCCGUUCCAGUCACCGUUGAGAAGCCCUACCCAGUAGCAGUCGAAAAGCCAUACCCGGUAGCCGUUCCUCACGCUGUUCCUGUAGCAGUUCCUAAGCCAGUUCCUUACACCGUUCCCCAGCCGUACCCAGUGUACGUUGAGAAACCGGUUCCUGUAGCCGUUCCUAAGCCAGUAGUCGUGAAAACCCCGGUGGCGGUUCAUGCCGCUCCAGCUUACAGUUAUCCUGUGGGAGUGGCUUCAUACCCCGCUACUUAUGGCUCCUAUGGUUCUUAUGGAUACCCAGCCACCUAUGGAGGAUACAGCUCGUAUCCAUCAAGCUAUGGAUAUGGAACUCCAUUGGUCCAUGGAGUGGCCUCCAGCUACAGCCUGGGACAUGCAGUGAGCACUGGUUACUCCGGAUAUCAUGGAGCUUACUGAGUACUCU